ACCUCGUCCUCCAUUUUUUUUUUCCGAGAGUACCCUCCUCCAUUUCUAAUCCUCCUCGCACCUCCGUCGUCGUCUAGGGAUCGAGCCGGUGGAGAGCGGUGAAGAUGAUGAUGACGCGGGCAUCGAUGGGCGCCAUGGAUGGGGCCGCGUUGGAUGAGGUGGUUCGGCGGCUCGUCGAAGUGGGCCGUGGCGGGCGCCAGGUCCAGCUGUCGGAGGCGGAGAUCCGCCAGCUCUGCGUCGAGGCCAAAACGGUGCUCCUCUCGCAGCCCAACCUCCUGCGCAUUCCCGCGCCCGUCAAGAUCUGCGGUGAUAUCCAUGGUCAGUUUGUUGAUCUUCUGAGGCUGUUCGAUUUGGGUGGCUAUCCUCCAACUUCGACUUAUCUUUUCCUUGGAGACUACGUGGAUAGAGGCAAACAAAGCUUGGAAACCAUAUGUCUGCUUCUGGCGUAUAAAGUGAAGUACCCUGAUAAGGUUUUCCUGUUGAGAGGAAACCAUGAAGAUGCAAAAAUUAACAGAGUUUAUGGUUUCUAUGAUGAAUGCAAGAGGAGAUUCAAUGUUCGUCUGUGGAAGAUAUUCUGUGAUUGCUUCAACUGCUUGCCUAUGGCAGCGCUUAUUGAUGAUAAGAUAUUCUGUAUGCAUGGUGGCCUCUCACCUGAAUUGAAUAGCUUAGAUCAAAUUAAGGAUAUUGAGAGGCCUGUUGAAAUUCCUGACUAUGGUCUUCUAUGUGAUUUGCUUUGGUCUGAUCCUAGUUCUGACACACAAGGGUGGGGGGAGAGUGACAGAGGUGUUGCUUGUACUUUCGGUGCGGAUAAGCUUGUAGAAUUUUUGGAGAAGAAUGAUCUUGACCUCAUUUGCCGAGCUCACCAGGUGGUAGAGGAUGGCUAUGAGUUCUUUGCAGAAAGGAGAUUAGUCACCAUCUUUUCAGCUCCAAACUACUGUGGAGAAUUUGAUAAUGCGGGUGCUUUGUUAAGCAUAGAUGAAAGCUUAAUGUGUUCUUUCCAGAUCUUGAAGCCAAAAGAAACAGGAGCACCACAUUCAAGAAAACCAAUUUCAAACAAGGUUUCCUGUAAUAACAACAUAUGUAUAAGAGCAGUGCUUCAGACGAACUGGAAAUCUGGCGUGGACACAGUUCAAAAGAUAUUGUUUAUUUCACAAUCCUGGUUUUACCGAAGGUUCAUUUUCAAUUCGGAGCGGCACCGGUAUGAAGGAAAGACUGAUCAUGCGCUAUUGAUUAAGGUUUCAUCGUAAAUAGCAUAUUUUUAAAUGUUUAACAGUUAAAAAUAAUAUCAUAUUCAGAUUCUACAUAUUUUUCUAAUCAAAUUUCAUAUAUAACAUGUUAAAUUUGGAGUUAGGAUUAAAAAGUUAUGGAUUUUUAAAAAAUCUGUUAACAUGUACUGCGGGUUUAUUACCAAAAACUUGAGUGUGUUCUGAAAAAUAGCAUGACGGACCAAGAAUACCUAUUUCUUUUAUUAGUAGGUAUAGAAAUCUAUAAAUCUAUGUUAACUUAGACCCAUCAAUUCCACUACCAGGUCAUACAAUCUUUUCUUCUUGAUCGAAGAUAACCAAUGAGACAGCACAAGUAAAGUACAUGUUUAGCAAUGCUGGCAGCACCGAAGCUAACACCAAGGCUCGCUCAGAGCCAGACAUAAAACAAC